AUGGUCUCCGUUCGGGCGGUGACCGUCGGCACGAUCCUGCUGUUGAUCGUGGGCUCGAGCCACGUGACAGCAGGCGAAAAUCGUACCGAAGAGCAACCGAACGAGCUCCAGGCGUUUGAGGAUGCACUGACGGACUACGUUGGUGAUUGGUUCAACCGGAACUCGAAGGACCUCGUGGAGAGUGCCCUCGAGAAGGCCACUUCGUCCGGCAACGGAACCAUUCUCACGGAGUUCGAUCGAACCGUCAUCAAGAGAGUAGCUCGAUUGCUCGGUACGGCAGAUGACGUUGAGCAAAGCCGGGCACGAGGUGACGCAUUGAAGUCCUCUCAAACCGGACGGCUAUUUUUCUUCAAGGGCAUGAAGAAGCUGCUCUGGCCCGUCAUGAUAGGGCUGCAGAUCGUGAAAACGGUCCUGGUGAUGAUGUUCCUGCCCAGCAUCAUUGGAUCUCUUGGCAAGAUCGUGGGAAAAGGUUUGUCUUCGGUGUCUGGGUUGUCGCAUCCGGUGCAGACGGUGGACGAUUUGGACUUCAAGGACACGACGUCAUACAACGCGGAUCACGAUUUUGGCAUGAACGACGGCUACCUGCCGCCGGAAGAUAGCCACGCGUCCGGGACAAGCUACAACCCGCUUGUGUACGAUCCUGCCGCGAUGGGGGCGCAUGGUACCAACGCGCUUUCCCGGCUUGGAUACGGCGGCGGUGCCGGUGGAAAUGGCGGCCGAGUGACGUACGUUGGCCCGUCCAUGGUCAACCGGAGGAAGCAGCAAUCGACGAAAAACGAUUUCAAAAUCUUCCACGACAUCCCGAGCAGCAGUCUGCUGCUGACGAACUAUGACCCGUUCUACAGUCCGCUGUUAUCCCGGCUCGACGCCAUCUUCGCGCAGAUGGGUUUGUCCAGCAAGGAGGAACAGUGCCGGCAACGGCUCGUCUGUCUCAUGUACGCCAACCCGGCGAAAUACGCGCCUUAUAGCAACCUCAUCUCGGCGCAGUUGAGCAGGGAACUGGACGAGCUGCGGAAACCAACCAACGACAAUCCGGACAUCCUACGGUUCUUCAAGUACAUGCGGGCCGCCAAGGACGGGCAGGAUGGGGUGGACUGCGGUGCGCAUUACAAGGACUGCACCGGUUACAAGGACCUGUCCAACCCGGCCAUGGUGACGACAUUCAACGACAUCAACAAGCUCGUGCACGCCCGGAAGCUGUAG